AAACUGUGGGCGGCGAGGAAGAUGCUGCUGGUCGUCUUCAUCCCGCUGUCUCUCCUCCCCCUGCCUCUCAUCCACCCCAGCAGCGAGGCCUCCUGUGCCUACGUGCUGAUUGUGACGGCGGUCUACUGGGUGUCGGAAGCCGUCCCUCUGGGUGCUGCUGCACUCGUGCCAGCCUUCCUCUACCCACUGUUUGGGGUCCUGAAGUCCAGCGAGGUAAACCUCCCUCCUUUCUGUGUGACUGAGACCCCAGGGCCGCGGGUCAGCAGAGGUCAGCCAGGCACAACGCCAUCUACACUGAUCUACAUCUAUGUACUUCUGCGCCGCUACCCUGAAGCCAAAGUGAUCAACUUCGGGACCUGGUUCAUCUUCAGUCUGCCCAUCUCCCUGGUGAUGCUGUUCCUGACCUGGCUCUGGCUGCACUGCUUGUUCCUGGGCUGCAACUUCAGAGAGACCUGCUCCCUCAGCAAGAAGCGCAAGACCCGCCGGGAGGAGCUGUCGGAGAGACGCAUCCAGGAGGAGUACGAGAAGCUCGGCCCGGUCAGUUACCCCGAGCUGGUGACGGGCCUCUUCUUCCUGCUGAUGACCCUGCUGUGGUUCACCAGAGAGCCGGGAUUCGCUCCGGGCUGGACCUCGCUGUUCGAGAAGAAGGGCUACCGCACGGACGCCACCAUCUCCGUCCUGCUGGGGUUCCUGCUCUUCCUCAUCCCGGCCCGCAAUCCCUGCUCCUCGGCUUCGGGAAGCGCCGGGAAAGGGGGCAGGCCGGAGGGGGGCGCAGACUCCGACCCCAUGGCGCCCAUGAUAACCUGGAAGGACUUCCAGAAGCUGAUGCCCUGGGAGAUCGCCAAGAACCCGCGCCAAGUGGGGCUUGCACGCUGGGUUUUCUGGGGUGCAUCGCGGCCCCGGCGUGCAGUGGGGGGUCUUAACGCGCCUUGUCUGUCGCAGUCGGAGACCCUGCGGAUCAACCCCCUGCACACCCUGAUCCCCGCCACUAUGUGCGUCUCCUUCGGGGUCAUGCUGCCUGUUGGGAACCCGCCCAAUGCCAUCGUCUUCAGCUACGGCCACUGCCAGAUCAAGGACAUGGUGAAGGCCGGCUUCGGAGUCAACCUUAUUGGGGUGGCGGUGGUCAUGCUGGCCAUCAUGACCUGGGGCGAGCCCCUGUUCCAGCUGUCGGAGUUCCCGGACUGGGCGGUGCUUCGGAACGUCACGGACAGCCUCUGACCUCGCCCCCCGGGAGACGCGCAGCUGCGCGGAGGCGGAACGAGACAAGGGAAGGAAAGACCACAGCGCUACGCCAAAAAGAAAAGCCAGUCCCUCCUGCCGAUUCCAGUCGUAGCAUCCCUUGAGAAUAGAGUUCCAUCCAAGCACUCCCUCGGGAAUGGGGCUUCAUCCGAACAAUCCCUCGGGAAUGGGGCUUCAUCCGAACAAUCCCUCGGGAAAGGAGCUCCAUCCGAACAAUCCCUCGGGAAUGGAACUCCCUCCAAACGAUCCUUUGGGAAUGGGACUCCAUCCAAACGAUCCCCCAGGAAUGGAGCUCCAUCCAAACGAUCCCUCGGGAAUGGAGCUCCAUCUGAACAAUCCCUCGGGAAUGGAGCUCCAUCCGAACAAUCCCUCGGGAAUGGAGCUCCAUCCGAACAAUCCCUCGGGAAUGGGGCUCCAUCCGACCAAUCCCUCGGGAGCGGAGCUCCAAUAUGAGCAAUCCUUUGGGAAUGGGACUCCCAUCAAAAAGCCCCUUGGGAGCAGGGCUCCAAUCGAACAAUGUUUCCCCGGGAAAGGAGCUCCAUCCGACUUUCAGUAAUUGCCCCAGUGCCUGAAAUCCGACGAGCAGUGCUCAGGCUCGCUAUCAGGGGUGGGUGUUGGUCUGGACUUCAGCGAGCAGAUUUUAAAGGCCCAAGAGUUGCGCUUUUACAGCUGUUGGGAUCAGCAGGAAUCCAAAGAGACGCAGGCUGCAGACGCAGACCCCCAAACAGCCAUAGGCCACUCAAGAGCCGAAUCCUUCCGCGUGAUCAUCCUCAGCCUCCUCAGCCCCAGAGCCUUGUCCCUCUUCUCUAGUUCUCCAUUCUCAACAUCGACGCCGUGUUUCCACGACCUCCCAAAUGGGCUCCGAAGCACGUCGCCGGGAGGUAACGGAACAGUCUUAACACUUCCCAAACGGAAGGCGUUUGAGAGAAUCGGAUGAAAGCAAAGGCAGGCCUGGGCUCCCGACUCGACCCUCCACCAGCUGCAGACGUGCUACGGAAACAAACGGUGUUCGGAUGUGUCAGGCAGCGGCCAGUCCAGGCUUCAGGGGACAACACUGCACCGUGAUCCGGGCUCUCCUUCGAAGGAUGCGCUUCCCAAAACCCGACGGAGCGAAGCACGAUCCUGGAGCAGAUCGUUCUGGGCUUACCCCCUCCUACUGGUGGGAAAUUCAAGUCCCCCACCACUAAGCAUCUUGAACACACAGGUCCUGCAGAAGAGUCCGUUUUUGGUUUUUGGUUUUUGGUUUUUUUUUAAGGGCAACGAUUAAACCCCGCGGCUCUUCAAAACCAAGGCCGGCCCCUUCUGUCUUCCUCGAGAGACAGCAGGCGGAAGAGGCCAACACUCCGCCGAUCCUGUCGGGCCAGUGUACCGAGCAAUGCUUCUCAGCCUAUACCAAAACUAAACGCCACCAAGUGCCCACUUCUAAAGCUAGGAUGUUUUUUUUUUGGGGGGGUUUAACGGGCAGAUCAAGGUGCUGCAAGUGCCUUUGUCAGGGAUCUUUCAAGUGGUGAAUGCGUCAUCAUCCGCCCGGGGACACAGCCCUGCGAUUAAAGCUGUUCUACAGCUGGUGACCGAAUCAAAAGAAAGCGGAACUGCGAGUACCCAACGUGAACCGAAAGGCUCACGCCGGAAAAAAAAUGUCUUUUCCGACUCCUGUAGAAUUGAAAACGCAACCUGAUCGCCGUUCCAAUGGGUACUGUGAAAUCAAAAUGAAUUUCCUCCUACUGCCCACGUGGAGAGGUCCAGCCAGGAAGACGCCUGAACCUCUCCAGCGAUCACAAUAAUGGCGACAAAGAGGGACUCUUUUAUUACAGCCCAACGAGAACGAUCAAGGGCUUUCAGCUUUCUCCAACGCGUGUAGUUUACAUAAGAGAUGCUUUACAUAUCGCAUUUUUACUGGGAGGUUAAUAUUCAUUCCAGUUUUAGGUGUCGGCGCAAAAGAGCAAAACCGAAUCUGACGAAUUAUGCAAUCUAUUCAAUUUCUCUUCAGAAAUCUAUCUCCUUCCUUGCCGCUCAAUUAAAAAUUGGUAAAAACGU